AUGGCGUCAUUCGGCAAGGUACUGGACAUACUCGACGAUCGCUACCUCGGCCUGCAAGAUGUCAUUGGUAAUGUGGAAUCACUACCCACGCUCGUACCGUACGAGAACUACACGCAAAAUGUGCUCGUCUAUCGCAUGGAUACGAACCAUGAGAUCUUCAUGGCACUCAUCCAGGACUUUACGGAGCGAACAGCGCGAGAGACUGGUAAGGAGCUAUGGACCUGGUGCGUACAAUGGGAAGUCGAAGACAGAACAUCCACCCGACUCGACACAUCCGCACAUUCGCCCAAGAGACCUCGCCUCGACCCAGACCUUUCAGAGGCACCGCUCAACGCACCGCAGCCGCAGCGGCGGGCGCCCGCAUUUGACAUGGUUGAGCGGCGCAUCAUCAACCCAGAGUUGAUGCAAGAGGAGGACAUGCUGCGGAUAUUGAUCGAUAUUAUACAGGUCGACAGCUCUAUCGUACCAAACUUUAUCGAGUUCUUGUACCGAUGGAUCGACUUCUACGAAGGAGAUGGAAAGGCUUUGAAAGCGGCGCUGCGACACGAGAUCCCGAGCUUAUGGGACUUCGAGUACCAUCCACUUAUAUUGCCAGAAGAAGUAAGGAAGAUGCAGACCGAGCAAGAGAAGGCCAAGAAUGCGGGAUUAAAUGGCGCAAUCAAGGAUGCCGAGAUGGGCGAAACAGGCAACAAGACGCCAAACAGCCGCAAAGCCGAGGAGCUUGCUCAAGGCUCACCUACUAAGAAGAUGCGCGAGAAGCCAGAUUUGGCAGCAAUAGAGCGUCAUACCCAAGAGAGCGAACGCCUGCAAUACCGCGAGGUCAAGUAUGGCAUUCAGCCACCCAAACUGAACGAGCCUCUCCCCCCACUAAUCAACAUCCCACGAGACCGGCGCAGGCGGAUUAAGUAUUAUGCUGCAUGCUUCAGGUCGCGACAACGUGCUCUCAAUCUUCUCGUCGAGGCUGGCAUCACGAUUCCACAGAUAAGCAACUACGAAAAGCGGCAAGUGGCGCAUCCGAGGGAUACGCCACUAGGAGGUGAAGGCAAUGGCUUGCGGCACUACCACAAAGACGCGCAGUACGCACAGGAGCGGUAUGUGGAGAAAGAGAAAGAGAUGGAGUUAAGGGAGAAAAACGUAGAAAUUGCUAUUAGCAAUAAACUAGCUGCCGAGGCUCAGCUCGCUGCCGCUACCGCUAAGCCUGAGGGAUCUUCUGGUGUCCCGCUCAUCCCUCCUACUCCGUCGUAUGAGCGUCAGCCUAAUAUGGCUGCUGCGAUGCUAAGUAAAAUUCAUGCGGCAAGGAGACAGGGCGAGGAUAGGAUCAAUGUCGUCCCGACGCCGCUGGUGGGUAAGAUGAAGAGUAAGUUAUUUGAAGGCGCGAAGGACCGGCAGGCUUUCAAUACAUUGGGACAAUCCGGUGGAACGCGGCAGAAUGCUUCUGCUAUUCCACCAUUCCCGGUUCAAAAUGAAGAAUCAAAGUCGGAUUCAGAUCAGGACACCGAUUCAGACGACAACUCUCCUCGUCCAAGCCUACCGUUUUCGCUGCUGCCGCCGCCGCGGUCUCUGGCAGCCCCUACUCUACUUGGAGCCUCUUCGGGUUCUAGUGUUUACGCAUCACCUCUACAGCAGAAUGAUACCUCUGCCCUGGUAACCGUGAGUAGUGAUGCUCCGAACCCAGCAAAUGUAGUGGAGUACAUACGGAAUCUGAGUCCCGAACAAGCUCAACAGCUACUACCUCUCCUAAAUUCUAGAGUACGCCAGGCGAUGGCAAAUAGGAUUGGAGGACAGCCCCCUGGAGUUACUGCUCAUCCACCUGAAUCAACCUCUUUAUCUGCAAGGAAUUCUUUACCUCAGCUGCCUCGGUUGCCGCCAUUCCCGAUGGCACCAAGCCUAUCAGCCCCAGUCUCACCACCUGCAUUUGCGCAGCGACUUUUAGCCAUUCAAAGGAACCAAACUACUGCCAUGCAAGGAGAAGAACUGCAUAAUGCUGCAACAACCAUACCGCAAAGUCCGACAUCAAGAUCUGGAUUCAGUAGUACUGUCGAAGAAUAUCUGGCAUUGCGGCGGGAACACGAAGCAUGGGGUCAAACGCAGGUUCCGACACAGGCUUCAGCUCGGCCGCCUCUUGUACAGAGCCUUCUACAGCGUCCGAAUAUGGUGUCGUCAUCUAUAACAAGACAUCCAUCACCAAUAGCAGACGGUCCUUCGAUCCCCUCACUUACUUUUCCGAUGACAACCCCCGCGCCAGUUACUCAACCUCAGCUUCCCCAGUCAUCUACACUAUCUACUAGCCUCACACAACCCGGAUCUAGUUUCUCCCCACCCAGGCCCAGUAUUCAGCGCAACGCGCCAUCACCCUUGAACUUGGCGCCCCCAACAUCCCCAUUAUCUUCCCUAGCCCCAAGUCUACUCGCCACAUCGCCCUUUGCAGCAUCUGCCAACGGCCUUCCCAUACAGAUAUACUUCCCAAAGAUUGUAGUGCCGGGAAACACGAUCGGUCCCGGCGGGGCAAAACUAGGGAAUGGAGGGAUUGUGGAAACGGAUGCCUUUCUUGUGGGGUAUGCGCAACCGGGAAGUGGCAAGAUCGUGCUGUCUAAAGCUAUCUUUCUUCCUGUAGGCGUGUGGACAAACACGCUCCGCCGCGUCCGCCGAGGCGCUUACACUGUCCUUGAAACAUACGCCGCACCACGCUCACACCCUAAGCUCGCAGCAAAGCCACCACCAAGAUCAUUUGCAGCUACAGUCAAGUCGACUAAUCCCAACGGCCCAACUCCCCAUCGGACCAUCUACACGAAACUAGCUCAAGCGUACACUCUCGUAAGCUCUUCGAAGAAUCGCGAGCAGGAUCUGACGAAACGCUGGCGUGUGACAAAAGGUCCGAUGACACGGUUUGAUCGGGGUGCUGUGUGGGAGGGUUGGGCAGCUGUGUUAGACAAGGGCAUUGAGAUGAGUUCACAGGAGAGGAUGGGUGCGGUCAUCAGCUCUGGCCUCAUUGAUGGAGGAGUGAAGAAGAAGAGGGACGCCGAUGAGAUUGAGAGGGAGAGGAGACGUAAGGAGAUAGAGGAGCUGAUGGCUCUGGAUAGUGACGAGGACAUGGAAGGUUGA